AUGGCAGCAGAAGGUAAAGUAGUAGAGCAUCCAAAGAAGGCCUUCGGUUGGGCAGCUAGAGAUCCUUCUGGUGUUCUCUCCCCUUUCAAUUUCUCCAGAAGAGAAACAGGUGAGAAAGAUGUAGCAUUCAAGAUAUUGUAUUGUGGUAUAUGUCACUCUGAUCUUCAUAUGGCCAAAAAUGAAUGGGGCACUUCCAUCUAUCCACUUGUUCCUGGGCACGAGCUUGUGGGUGUAGUAACAGAGGUUGGAAGCAAAGUAGAAAAGUUUAAAGUUGGAGACAAUGUUGGUGUGGGCUACAUGAUCGAUUCGUGCCGAUCAUGCCAAAAUUGUGACGACGAUCUUGAAAAUUACUGCCCCAAAUAUACAACCACUUGUGGUGGGAAAUAUCGAGAUGGAACUGUAACACAUGGAGGUUACUCCGACUCAAUGGUUGCGGACGAGCAUUUUGUAGUCCUCAUUCCUGGUAGCUUACCUCUUGAAGUUGCUGGUCCUCUUCUCUGUGCUGGUGUCACAGUAUAUAGUCCUCUUAAAUAUUAUGGACUCGACAAACCUGGUCUGCGUAUAGGUGUCGUUGGUCUUGGUGGACUUGGUCAUAUGGCUGUGAAAUUCGCCAAAGCUUUUGGUGCUAAUGUGACUGUAAUUAGUACAUCGCCUAACAAAGAAAACGAAGCAAUAGAACACUUAGGAGCUGACUCAUUUUUAAUAAGCCGUGACCCGAAUCAGUUGAAGGCUGCAAUGGGUACUCUGGAUGGUAUUAUUGACACAGUUUCAGCUGGUCAUCCUCUCUUACCACUAAUUGGUUUAUUGAAAUCUCAUGGAAAGCUUGUUAUGCUUGGUGUAAUAGUAAAGCCUGUAGAUCUUCCUGUAUAUGCUUUACUCGGAGGGAGAAAAUUAUUAGGCGGGAGUAUGAUUGGAGGGAUAAAAGAGACACAAGAAAUGAUUGAUUUUGCUGCUAAACAUGAUGUGAAACCUGAUAUUGAGAUUAUUCCAGUAGAUUAUGUCAACACUGCAAUGGAGCGUCUUGCUAAAGGAGAUGUGAGAUAUCGAUUUGUGAUUGAUAUUGGAAACACGUUGAAACCAAGCUCUUAA